UGGAGGUUAAGAGGCAUUGUGCUCGGCCUGCCACCUUCUGCCGCCGCUUCGUAACUUAUCGUCUGCAGUCGGGUGCAGACAGGUGCAUCUCGGCCUCCACGAGGCGCUCUUGGUUGAUGCAUCUCAAGCUCUCUGUGUGCACAUCUGUUCUUAAUGUGACUCCUCGUGACGUGGGCCGUCUCCACUUGAACCAACCGCAAAUGAGCCCACCCUUCUUCUUGCUACUUUGUCACCCCCACGCCCCCCCUCUUCUCCGUCACUCAAGUCCUUUUGUCUUCCGUGGUCCCCUUUCGAAGCAACAUCCUCUUGACAACUUGUUCACACAGAUUUGCUUUUCAGUGACAGACAGCGAGAGAGAUAGAGAUAGAGAGAUAGAUAGAGAGAGAGAGAGAGAGCACAGUAGGUAUGUCAAAGGUUGGAUAUCCCUCUGUGUGUGUGGUGGACACCUACAGCACCCGGCCUGCAGUGCCACCCAGGCGGGGUCCGGAGAGACGGCGCACCGAGGUGGCGCAGACCCUGCUGUUCCUGCUGGUGAGCGUGGCGUUGUGCGGCGCGGUCAUAGAAGCCUGCUUCAUCUACAACCUCUACCGACCAGGGUUUGCCACCCCGGCAUCGUUCUCUAAGCUCUUCGAAGGUAAAGUCGUUACUUCUCGCCCGAAAACUCUCAGUCUUGUUAUUCCUCCCUCCAAACCGGUCGCACACCUGACAGGUGGACAAGAUGUAGUUCACGGAAAACAAAUCAUGGCGUGGAGCAUGGAUGCCGACCCUCUCCUCUAUGAAAUGGGCUACGAAAACAAAAGCCUCGUUAUUCAGAAGGAGGGUUAUUACCAUGUCUAUUCCAAGGUUUCCUUCUUGGACAUCGAUGAAUUUCACCACUCUAUUAAUCGGAGAACUGAACGGUAUUCGAGGGGAAUUAUUCCCCUCCUGAUAUCCAGGAGAUCCUCCGAGGGGUCCAGCAGCACGCGGUCCAACAGUUACCUGGCUGGAGUGUUUCACCUUCACAUAAAGGACACCCUUUUUGUGGAGGUGAGCCAGGCCUCACGCAUCGUGCGCAUCACACCGUACGAGAACGUCUUUGGUGCAUAUAUGAUAUAAAUAUCACAUUGAUUCCUAUUGUUAUAGUGUGUUUUACAUUGCGAAAAAAACAUUUUGUUAUCUUUUUUUAAAUUUUUUAUAUGCUUCCUUUAUACUUAAAAAUCCUGUUUGUCUGAAUGUUUAAAAGUGACUCUUCAUUGACGGGGUUUUUUCACAACUUUUGUACUUUUUGUACGUAUGUUUCAUGCUAAAAUUAAAAACAUACAAAACUGUC